ACCGACCUAUAUCGUAUUAAAGAAAUUUAAUAUGAUGAUUUUUAUCUUGCUUAGAACUUGUCUAUGACUUUGGAGCAUUCAGUAAAAUUUCAAUCAAAAUACAACGGACGGAUAAGGCUGCACUGCGCACACACUUCACUCUAUUUUGCUUCAGCUUCCACUAAUAUCAUAUCUGAAUCUCCAGUUAUGUCCUCCAACUUUCUUCCUCAGACGUUGUUCGUGGUCCCUAGAUGCUCGGCGCAAUGCCAGCCAAAGAGCCUGGCGCUUUCAGCUGCCCCUUCGCGGCGCCCCUCCGCCGGAGGGUUGGCUUCUAGGAUUUCAACGCGGCCUUUUGGAUUCAAUUUCGCGGAGAAGGAUAGAAAAUUGUCUUUUCUUGUGAGGGCUGAAACCAAUCCUGAAGCAGAAGCGGUAGUUGAAGAGAGCCAGGAUAAUGCGGAUAGUGUAGAUUCUGAAGAGGCUGAGGUUUUGCCCGAUGAUAAGCCACCUUCGAAACCUAGGAUAAAGCUCGGUGACAUAAUGGGGAUACUAAACAAAAAGGCAAUUGAAGCAUCAGAUGGUGUAAGGCCUACCCCGGAUCUUCGUACAGGAGAUAUCGUGGAAAUCAAGCUGGAAGUUCCAGAAAACAGACGAAGAUUAUCUAUAUACAAAGGUAUAGUUAUAUCGAAGCAAAAUGCUGGCAUCCACACAACAAUUCGCAUUCGACGUGUUAUUGCUGGUGUUGGAGUUGAGAUUGUGUUCCCAGUAUAUUCACCAAAUAUCAAAGAGAUCAAAGUAAUCAAGCACCGGAAAGUGAGGAGGGCACGGCUCUACUAUUUGCGCGACAAGCUUCCAAGGCUAUCGACCUUCAAGUGAAAGAUGCGUAAUUGCAUCUUUUGGAGACUGUUAUUCUCUUCUCCUGGUCAGCCCCAACCAUAGAUCUGAAUUCCAUGUUUCUGAUCCCUUGUAUGAUUGUAUCUACAGCCACAGAGAUCUAGUUUUUUUGAUAUACGAGCUAGUAUGUAUUGGUAGUUAAACUGCAUUUCAAUGAUUUAACUGCCAUUAUUUUUCUUAA